CGGAAAAAUUAGGGGGCGGUUUGAAUUCAAUUUGUAAACACAGAAGAUUCGUGUUUGAGAUAUAUUAAACAAAUGGUCUAUUAUUGCUUUUUCGUAUGUAUUUUAACCUCUUAAGUUUACUUUCAGCAGUGAAUACAAUCAAUGAAUUAUGUCCAAGUUACAAAAUGAUGAGGAUGAUGAGCUAAUGGAGAAUGUUAACGCUCUUCGUAAAAGAUUGAUGGAGACAGAGAAGAAUCUCCACCGACUCCAAACACCUUCCAAACCGGGAGAGAACAGGUAUAGAUAUACAAGUGGCAAUUCAGAAUCUUUGGAUGACCCUCUUCCACCAUUGACCCUGGAGGACCUGACACCAGACUCAAGAAAUGAUUAUAUAUCAAGGACCAAAGGCUAUAGGUCAAAGCCUCCAGGUCACCUGGACUCAAUUGGAAGUGUGGCAUCAUUCUCAUUACAUAAGGGUACAGGUACCUCAAAACUAGGAACUCGGAGCUCUUUACCGAUGAAGGAUUUUGACAACGAGGCCCUUCGAAUUAAGCUACAAGCGCAAAGAGAAGAGAAUGCACAGUUGAUCACCCAAAAUCACAAUCUAUUAAGUCAGUUGGAAGAUACCGGCUAUCAGCUUCACUCCACUCAAGAAAAGCUGAAUUUGCUUAAUGUUGAGUUAGACUCGGCUAGAGAGUCUGUGCCUAAGCUGAAACACCAAGUGUCCAGUCUUAAAGAUGAGCUGAGUACAUAUGACAGCGCCCUCAGGUCAACUGAGCAGCGUCUAAAUGAGAGUCAUCACUACCAUGCCGAAAAAGAUAAACAUUUUGAGCAAGUCAAAACAGAAUUGAUACAUGUUAAAAAUCAACUUGAAGAAGAAACUGAGAAAAGAAAAAGAUUUGAAAAUCAGAAAGAAGGGGCUAAAAAGAACUUGGAAGAGUUAAAUGAACAGCUGGAAAAAUACCGGUCCAAAACGCAACAGAAACUACAAAAGUACCAAAGCAGCGAAGAACACUUGAGGGAAAGUUUGUUGCACUGUGAUAAAGAGAGGGAGGAGCUUCUGGACAGGGCAACAGGUUUGGAAGAACAACUGCAAGAUCUUAGUGAAGAAAUAACGAGGCUGAGAGAAGUGGAACAUGUUGAGAAACCAGCGCUGAUUGCCAAAAACAAAGAUCUUCAAACAAGUCUUAGCAAACAACUGCAAUUGGUGAAAGAACUGGAAAGCAGUCUUGAAAGUAGUGUACAUGAUAGAGAAGAGCUUCAGGAGCUGACAUCACGCCAGAAUCAAAGAUUGGCAGAAUGUCAGAGAGAAGUAGAGCAAAGCUAUCAACAGCUAAGGCAACUUGAAGAUCUGCUUCAGAAAUUGCAGACAGAAAAUGAGCGAAAUUCAUAUACUCAUGGCCAAACUCAUCAACUUCCAAAGCCAUGGACCAGUAGUCCUACAAACAGCAUCAAAUCGAUCCCAGAAACCCUCCUGUCCAGUAUCUCUGCUGACUUGGAUGUCUACCAAGGAACAAAUGGGUCAUAUAAGGCACAGGUUGAAGAACUUAAAAUGAAACUUGCAAUGAAAGAAGCUGAGCUGCAAUCACUUAAUUCUGCCAGACAGAAAGAGGAAACUAGACUUAAUGAUUCGGGCGUAAUGGACGGACUGAGGUCUGAGCUCAUGUCAAUCAUUGAGAAAAGUAAACAAGGAGAUAGAAAAAAACAGGAAUUAGAAUCAAUCAUUCAAAAGAUGGUUGAUGAUAGAGCACGCACCAAAUCAGAGAUAUUCAUGCUGCGUGACCAAUUGGCAGACAGUAAUGCAAGAAAUACUGCUCUGAAAGCACGCAUCACACAACGCAAUGCGCAAGUCGUUGAACUGCAGAAUGACGUUGAAGAACGGCAGAGUGAACUUGCUGGCAUUCAAAGAAUGCUGAAAAAGAAGUCUAAUCAACUCGAACUUGUGGAGAGAGAUUUGGAUGAAAAAAGUGCAUCCCUCAGUCAACAUGUUGCUAAACUUGAAAGUCUUCAAGAGGAACUGGAAAACAAAAAACAGGAAUGCAGAAAUUUCAAGAAUUUGUUGGAUGAAAAAAAUGCUGAAGUGGAUGAUGUCACUCAAAGCAUCGAUAAAAUCAAGAAUUUACACGCUGAACAGUGUCAUGAACUAGAAAAACAAAUUGAAAUGUUUCAGAAUCUCUGUGAUGAGCGACUCCAGCAGGUCAAGGCUUCAGAACAAAGCAUGCUCUUGCUUCGAAGUGAACUUGAGGUCAAGGAAUCUGAAGUUAAUGACCUCAGCAAGAAGUUACUCUCAAAUAACAAGGAAUUGAGCAAUAGACUUGCUGACCAUCAGGAAGCUUGGGAGACUUUAAAUAACAGAGCCUACCAAGAUUGCAAUAAAGUUGCUCAGCUGGAGAGUGCCCUCACAGUUUGUAAACAACAGUUCCAGAAAUGUGUUGAGCAAAUGGAAGGGCAAACUGAUGAUCAUGAGAGAGCUAUGGAGGCGAAAAUGAAGGAGAUUGACACACUGCAGAAAUUGAUAAGAGAACUGCAAAAUGAGUUGGAAAGCAAAGAGGCUGAGGUCGCUGGACUCCAUGAAACACUGGAGGAAAGACAACAAAUGUUGGUGCAGAGUAGUAACCGCAUCAGUUAUCUUGAGGACCAAGAAUCCCAACAGGAACAACAGAUUUCUCAUCUUGAGAAGCAACUAAGUCAGGUUGAGGCAAGUGCUGAGCAAGAUGCUGAUGCCAUGGAGAAGAAGCUGCAUCAUGCCUGCAGUGACCUUGAGGAACGUACAGGCCAAGUUGCAAAACUCACCAAGAAUACCCAACAGUUGGAACGUGAAGUGGAAGAUAAAGGUAAACACAUCGAGCAUCUCGUUGACGCCUUACAGCAGGUGAAGAAAGACUCUGAGAACCAGACUCAAAAGAAACAAGAUCUAGAAACAGAGUUGAACCAGGCAAAUACUAACAUACAGCAGUACCAACAGAAAAUAAAAGAUUUGGAGCAGGAACAUGAAUCCACACAGAAUGAUCUGCAGCAGUACAAGAACCAAACUACAGAGAUGGACUCAGAGCUGAGGCAGGCACAGGGCCAACUCCAUGAGGCAUUUGAACAACUUGCCUAUCUACAGGGCACUCUACAUAAAAGUAAAUCUACGGCCAAAAGUCAUGAAGAGAAGGCUAACAAGUUAGGUGAAAGUCUAAGACAAAGUCAUGAUGAAUUAAAGGUUCGAGAAAAAGACAUAGAGCAGCUGGAUGAGGCUUUGAAAUCAAGACAAAGACAGUUGCAGCAACGUGCAGCCCAGCUUGCUCAGCUGAAUAGUGCAAUCAAGGUGCACCAGGGAGAAAUGGAGGAACGAAUCCUAGUUCUGCAGUCUGAGUUAAGUCGGACACAAGCUGAUUUACAGCAUAGAAACAAACAGAUUGAGAAUCUGGAUGAUACAGUUAACGAACAGAAGAGCCAGAUGAAAGAUAGGGCAUUGCAAAUACAGCAACUCGAACAGAAUAUGAAUCAAGUGAAGAAAGAAAACACAGAAAAAAGCAGCAGGAUAACAGAACUAGAACAGAAAAUUAAGAAUUUGCAAAAUACUUCAGACGAUCAGAAACAAGACGUACGUGAGCAGGCGCAGCAACUGCGACUAACACGUGAACAAAUGCAACGGCAACAAAUUGAGUUGGCUGAUAUCAGACGACAGCUGGCGGAUGUAGAACGUGAAAAGCAUCGAAUUGAGAGAGAGUUGGAAGAAACAAUCCAGUUGUGUCAGAGUAAAGAUUCCAACAAUACGAGAUUAGCUGAGGAGGCUGGUGCCGCAAAAGCUAGGGAGACCUCUAUACAGUCCAAGUUAUCUGCUGAGCUAGAGAGCCUCAAGAAGAAACAGCAUGAAGAGAGGACAGAAAGUGAACUUCAGUUAGCCCAGUUACAGGAUAGUUACUCUGAACUUUUAGCCUCCAAAAACCAGCAAGAAGCAUCACAUAAAGUUCAAGUGCAGCAGAUGCAAGAACUGGAGUCUAAGUGGCUGGAAGAGAUUAGGCUAGCAGAGGAUCAGAUUACACAUUUACAGAAUGAACUGGGAGCGAGGAAAGAGGUCAUUGAGGCUGCAAAUGAAGCAAUUGUUAUUAAGGAAGCAGAGGUUGCCAGGUUAAGUGCCAAGAUAUCUGGAUACGAACGAGCAACAUUUGGCAUCCGGUUGACCCCUAACCAUCAGAUGGAGACACCCCCAACCCACCAAUCAUCACAUUUGCAGGUGUUUGGACCAGACUUGAGCCAUUCUCCUCGCAGACUCAUGAAGCGUAGCUCAUCUGACUUCCUGCUCUCCAACCUCGGCAGUGAGUCACGGUUCAGUGGUGUAAGCUCACUGGCAUCACCACUGAGGGGGAACCCCCGCUAUGAUUCAAGAUAUCUUCACAGCCCCCACAUACAAGAUGAGGAUGCAAGAGGAUUUUAUCAGUCACCAAUGAUGCAUAUGUCAAGCCCAAAAUCUCACAAUAUUGCUGGUGAUCUUGCUCGAUCUAGUCAGAAACAAACCAGAACAAUGCCAAAAAAAUAUCCUGAACUAGAUUCCUUCCAAAGCAUGCUAGAUGUGGUGAACCAAAGAAUUGCAAAUGAAGAAUCAAAAACACAUAGAUUGAAUGGCAUGGAAGAUCAAAUUAAAUAUGGUGACACUGGAAGCAUACCGUAUGCCUUCAGAGGCAGCUCUGAUGAUCAGACAAUUUUACAUAAUGGUAACAGUAUUAAUGAUGAAGAAAAUAUGUCUGAAGCAUACCCGUAUGGAGCUGAAAACAUCAUGCCAUCAAAUGGAGAUGCAUCACCACAGAGAAAGCAAACCCAAAGGGGUAGCAAGACAUCCCCACCUGUGAUUCCAUUGAAAGAAAAACUUGCAAAAGAAAGGGCACUGCUUGCAGCAUCACAGAAAUCAAAAGCUACUUUGCCUGGGCCUCAAGACUUCAUGGUGAAUCUUCAAGAACGUCUUAAAAAUAAUGAAAGCAGGAGAAGAAAAGUGGACCGACAGCUGUUUGGAAUGGAUGAGGAAUCUGAAAGAGCAACAGAUAAUGGUACAUGAUGGUUCGAUGUCAAGCAAGGUGGACUGAUAUGAACAGGACAUCAUUGAAAGAGGUUGUUGAGAUGCUGUUUCAGGUUAUUUAUAAGUAGUCUUUUUAAAUGAAUAAAUAAUCUUCACAAGGUUAUUGGCCUUCAAGGUUUGCGGCCUUUUUGAAGUCUGCUAAUUAGAGAUUCCCUGAAUUCUGUCAAUACAAGAUAAUCAUAUUCAGUGUUUGAAUUUUCUCAGGUAAAUUAUAUAUGACCAUCAACUGCACAAUCAUCAGGAUUAUAAACAGAUAAGUAAAUUAAAGCAACUCAAUUAAUCCUAGUCAAGCAACUAAACCCGGACACGCAAUUCCAUAGAGAAUUUGACAUGUGAACAAUGUGUUGUUUUAAUGACGAUCUGCUCAGAUUGCCACUGACAAUCAGCAAAUGCCAUCCCCUGUUUUUUAUCCCCAAGAUUGCACUGCAUUCUUUACUACAUACUUUAGCUCAUGAUUUAAUUCAUCAGAGCAUUGACUUAAAGGCCUCUUCAACAAAAUAGUGUACCAUAAAGUUGUGGCUCCAGAAAUUGUCUGAUGGGGUCCAACAAGUCCGACAGCGGGGUCUGAACGAACCGGCCGUCUAGAGCCUCGUAAUCAGGGUACUGGAAUAAUAUCCCUGGUUGGGUUCAUGAGGCUCAAGAGAUUUUAUGAUUUAGGAUGACCAAAAAUUGUACUAUUAGACCACAAUAAUAGAGAUUGGCAAUCAAAUUAUUGUUUGCGUGGAUCAGUAAAUUAAUAUUUUUAAGGCCACACGUAGCCCUCUCUGGCAUUGUCUCUGGUAUUAUAUAGAGGAGAGCAACUAAAUGGAAUACAACCAGAUACAAAGAUAUUUACCAAUAGAUAUGGUCCCGGGCAGUACUCAUCAUAGAUUUACCUCUUUUAUGUUUAUGAUAUAAACUAUAAUGUACUGUUGAUACAGUAUAGCUUUAUGUAAAUUUUUCUAGGUUGUACAGUACUUAAGACAUUUAUAACUGGCUACUACCAGGCUAUUUGAGGGUUUCCAUCCAUGUGGUUAAACAAGUUAUUCUUAUUGUAUAUAUCCUCAUCCUUACACGUUAGGGCUGACCAAGAGACCAAUGAAAAAUUUAUUUAUACUACAUGUUUGUUACUAUACCAAUCAUUUAUAUUUUUGUAGAUAUAUCAUUGUGGAAAUGUGUGAUAAUCGUGUUAAAACAAUUUUCAGACCCAUGUAUAAAUUAUCUGAAGGCUUAAGUAGUUGGUGCUAUUUUCAUACUCAUUUAAUCAUUUUAUCUGUCCUCAACAAUGAUUUUGACGUAUCAUUACUUACUCUUGAGCCAGUUUUUUUGUAUGCUAAAAACAUGAGAUCAACUUAUUUAGAUUUGGUUUUAACUCCAAUUGUAAAUGGCAAGUGCUCAAACGAAACAAAAGGGGUGCUCAUGGAAUUUCCUAGCAACAAGAGCUACCUCUCACCGGUCCGUGCGUUAAACUGAGGUUACCUCUAUUCAGCGUUUCAACACGCUUCGUGUAUGCACAUUUCAGACAAGGCUUUUUGUUGAUACUAUUUAAAGCAUGCUUAAAUCAUAGGGGAAAUAUCCUUUCAUGCUUAAAUACAGUACACAGUGGCAUAAGUUAUUAUAUUGGGUUUUUGGCAAGGGUCCAUAAUUACCAUUAAUUACUACCAC